AUGUUUUUUCGCUCCUGCCUUCUCCUCAAGAUGUCUCUUUUUGCAGCGCAAUCAGUGGCGGCACUGCUCCCCGCCGUCAACCAACUUGCUGCUCGUACAGCCGCUCUCGCGGCCUGCGCGGAGCUGACCACCCUCUUGGGGCCAUCUAUCGUCAAGUCGUCUGGGGCGGAGUACGAGCACGCUGCUACAAAUGCCUGGAAUCUCGAGAACUCGGAAUACUCGCCAACUUGUAUCGUCUUUCCCAACACCACCACACACGUCCAGGUGGCAAUGACCGCCAUAUACCACGCUGAAUCAGAUUUUGCCGUUCAAGCUGGCUCUCAUAGCGCGAUGAAGGGGUGGAACACUGUUCAGGAUGGCGUUCUGAUUAUUUUUUCGAGCAUGCAAAAUGUUGCCUACGAUGUGGCUCAAGAUACCAUAAUUUUAGAGCCGGGAGUUCACUGGCACGAUGCCUAUGCCUCCCUAGAGCCACAUGGAGUUGCUCCCCUCGGAGGUCGUGCGGGAGAUAUCGGCAUGGGGCUGCUUUUAGGUGGCGGUCUUUCAUGGCUCAGUCCUUCUCACGGUUACGCCGCCGACAUGCUCAAAUCCGUCGACGUCGUUCUUGCCAACGGCUCACUUGUAACAGCAACCGCUGGUAACGAGCAUUCAGAUCUGUUCCGAGCCCUCAAGGGAGGCGGGAACCGCUUUGGAAUCGCCACUCGUUACGAGCUGUAUCCAGUACACACCGGCACCCAAGAAAACAAGACCUAUUUCGGAGGAACCAUCCUGUUUGACUCGAAUGCAGAGGCUCUACUCAACGCGACAGCAAAAUAUGUCCGCGAAGUCAAUGAUCCUAAUGCAGGCGAGUUUAUUCUAAUGUCUUUUAUCAAUGCAGUCGCCGGCAACAACAUCUCCCCUCUCUAUUUCCUUUGGGCGUUUUACAAAGGUUCUGAACUGCCCACAGAAAUCUUCGGAGACUUCCUAGCCAUACCGUCAGUCUUCUCCCAACUCGGACAAUUGAGCUACUUUGAACUUCAAGAAACACUCGGAUUGGCGAAUGAACGUGGCCAGAUACAACAUUUUGGCGCUUCGGCUCUAGUCGGGGAUGAAACGUUGUACCUGAAUGCAUUCAAUCUCUGGAACAAUUUUACCACGGCACACAAAGAAUUUUUCAAUAUGACAACUUUGGCAUUUACGCCUAUUCCUGAAUCCCAGAUCCAAGCGGGGCUCGCUAGAGGCGGCAACAUCAUCCAUGCACCUCAUGGUCAAUUUGCUGCCGUCCAAAUAUACGAGGCGUUCAACUCUGGCAUCACCGAAAUCCCCUUGAGCGUCCAAACGGCCAUCGGGCAGCUGAUUGAGGGGUCUGUAAUCCUUUUCUUGGACCCUCAGACGUCACUCACGAUCGACGUUUUCAGAAUACCUCCGUCCCCUGGUUUGCCUCUUUAUCUCAACGAAUGCGACCCAGACCAGCAUGUCUUCGAGAGCUACGGUGACUACGAAAUGCUGAAAGACAUCUAUGCCAAGUACGACCCGAUCAGAUUUAACGUUCGGCAUUGCCAAGGUCCUGUUGGCCUGUAG